AUGUUGUUCAUGAAAAAGGCUAUGCAUGGAAAAGAAACAGAGGAAAGACCAACAGGAAAUAUAUUUGUGGUAAGCCUGGCAAUUGCAGACUUGGUCGUAGCAAUCUAUCCAUAUCCACUGGUCCUCACAUCUGUAUUUCACAAUGGAUGGACUAUGGGAAACGUUCACUGCCAGAUAAGUGGGUUCCUGAUGGGAUUAAGCGUCAUUGGGUCGAUUUUCAAUAUUACUGGCAUUGCUAUCAAUCGAUACUGCUAUAUCUGCCACAGUCUCAAAUAUGACAAGCUGUACAGCGACAAGAAUUCUUUGUGCUAUGUUGCUCUUAUCUGGGUCCUAACAGUUGUUGCUAUUGUACCCAACCUGUUUGUGGGAUCUUUACAGUAUGACCCCAGGAUUUACUCGUGUACAUUUGCACAGUCUGUGAGUUCAGCAUAUACAAUAGCAGUGGUGUUUUUCCACUUCAUGCUUCCCAUAGCCAUAGUUACUUACUGUUACUUGAGAAUAUGGAUCCUUGUUAUUCAGGUAAGACGAAGGGUUAAACCAGACAACAACCCCAGACUGAAACCACAUGACUUCAGAAACUUUGUAACCAUGUUUGUGGUAUUUGUACUGUUUGCAGUCUGCUGGGCUCCUUUGAACUUCAUUGGCCUUGCUGUGGCUGUGGACCCAGAAACCAUAAUACCUAGGAUCCCAGAGUGGUUGUUUGUGUCUAGCUAUUACAUGGCAUAUUUCAACAGCUGCCUUAAUGCCAUCAUAUAUGGACUCCUGAACCAGAACUUCAGAAGAGAAUAUAAGAAAAUUAUUGUCAGUUUUUGUACAGCAAAAGCUUUUUUCCAGGACAGUUCUAAUGAUGCAGCAGACAGGAUAAGAAGUAAACCUUCUCCGCUGAUUACAAACAACAAUCAAGUGAAGGUGGACUCUGUGUGAAAAUGGGAACCUUAUUGCUUUCACUCCACAGCAUCCAAAUAAAGAAUCUGUUUCAUUAGACCUACUGUUGGAUAUUAUACUGAACUCUCUAUUCUACAGUGAAGGCACUUUGAUCAAAAUCUUUGCAUGAUAUUUGGGAACUCAAGUUACAGAGUCUUUACUUAAGAUAUUGUUAUACAGUGGUAGAUCUCUCAUAUAAUAACACAGUGAUAUCCUUGAGGGAAUUACAAUACAAAUUGUGCAUGGAUACUUUUUUUUUCUCCUCUCAAACGGAGAUAGCAAAGAUAGAAUGAAAUAGAAAUAUCCAUAUUACCUGGCUCAAUGAAAGAAGCCACAAAACUAUUCUCACUGCUCUCUACCUGCAUCUUUUGGCCAAGUAACAAUCCCAGUUCAAAACUCUCAGAUAAGUUAUUUUGAAAGAUGAAAUCUGGUCGUAUUUUAGGGAACAUGCUCUGAGAAUUAUUUACUUUAAACCUUACCAGGCCUCCGAGCAAUGGCAUUCCCAACCGACUUCUCAAACUCAAAAUAGUUUUCAGGGGAAGAAAUGUAACAGAGUUAUUCUUAUCAAAGCUACAGAGAGGGGAGGAUAGACUGGAAAGAAAGAAAAGUGAUAUGAUUCAUCUUCUCAAGCCAUUUGUGAGAGGUGGAGAAAAAUACAAAACACCACUUCUUUCUGAAGACAUAGUAAUUCACAAAAUUGGAAAGUUCCCCAAAAGAGGUUCUGGAGAGACACGUCCUAAAAACUUAAGCAAGGAAGAAACAGUAUUUCUCACUUCUGUGUGGUAAGGAAUUUCUGAGCCUUUGUCAGAAGACUUAUGCUUUUAAAAGUGACAGUGGGUAAGAAUGGCAUUUUGUCUGAUUAGUUGAGUCAUAAUCUCAUUACACUCUGGGAAAUUACAAAUAUUUACAGAAUGAACAUGUGACAUCUUUCUCAACUUGAUCUCCUGGUCAUAGUAUAAGAUUUAUAGGUUAUUUUGUAAUCUGUCAUAGAUAAGCUUUUUUAAAUAAUCAUAGUUUACCACAGUUAUAAAAAUAAUACUCACCUAGAACAAUUAAACACAUCUAAAUAAUAAAGAGAAAAUGCUACUUAUGUUGCUGCUGGAAGGAGAAAUACAUGACUCUCAGGACAGGACCUGUUAUGUGGACUUUCCACAGACAGCAGGUGCCUUUUCAUUGAGAGGAAGCACACUGUGAAAUGUCAAAGUAUACCUAGACAGCAUGUCUCCUCCAACAAUGCAUCUCUGUUGAUAAAAAUAUGCCCUCUGAUAGAGGAGGACAAUUGGAUUCACCUUCAAGCUGAGCUUAUAGAGAAGAAAUAUUUAACUCUGGAAAGAUACUGCAACUGUGAUACCUUUUAGUACUCAAGUGUUCAUACCUGUAACAACGUUCAAUUACGUCUGAGCUUUUCCAAGCCAAUUCCAGUCACUUCAACUGUACUAAGAGUUCCUAAAUAGCCUGUACAAAUUUUCUGUAUUGAAAAGCAGACUUAUCUAAGCAAUUCAUUACUUGCUGUGCUGGAGUUUUUCUUCAAUUUAUAUGUCUUAGAAACCAACAACCACACUAUAUUUGUAUAAUUCCUUAAUCUGUCUAGAAAUCUAACAGCAACUCCUCUUUCUUGGAUCAUAGAUUAGUGUACAUUUGACUUAAUAUUAGUAAUGAACUAAAGAGAACAUAUUCAUAUUUACUUGAAACCCCACUGACAUUUUGUCAAUGAUCAGCUUCUUACCUUAAACAUAGGUGCCUCAUGUUCUCACUUGGUUAUGUCAAGCUGGAACUAAUGAACAUCUAAAACUCUGCAGAUUAACUAGCCAGUCAAAGCAUUACUGAGAUGCUUGACUCAUCUUUGUUUACAUUUGCCAGUCAGAACCACUGUGUAAAUAACCAGCUCUGUUCUAUUGUGGUAUCAUCAUAUGAUGCAGUAUGAUACAACAUGAUUAACAGCAUAAACUAUAUCACAGUUUUUUUCACUGUGAUCUCAUCCUCAGAGGAUGCUUUGCUCUGUUUUGUUGCUUUGUGUGUGUUGAUUUCAGAUUAGGGAGGGAGGCAUGACCACCGUAUAAGAAAAUAAAUUCUUCAUGUAAGAAAAAGCACUAUUCAAAUUCUUACAAACUUGCCUUAUUUAAAGUGUAUUUUCAAUGAAAAUGAUGUCUUACAAUGCUUCUAAUAAAUUAGCAUAAAGACAGUAAGCUUAAUCAUCAGUAAGUUUAGAAUUCUCAAAUAUUUUUCACUUGCCAUUGAGAACAGAAAAUGUAUAUGCUUAUCAUGUCUAUGUAUUUAUGAGCUGAUUCAAAAUUGUGGGUUUUCUGAGGAAUUGGUCCCCUGUAAUUCACAAGUGCUAAAGUAUAUUUUUGAUGAUAAUGAAAAUGGCUUGCUAUAUGCAAUAAAACAUAUUAUACCAAAGGUAUAUAUUUUAUUGAAUAGGCCUGUAAUUGAAAUGGAGAGCAUUUUUUCAGAUCUGAUAUUUUGAAAUAUUUGUAUUAUAUCUAAAUCACGGAAUUGUGCA